AACAUGGGAGAAGAAGGUUGCGAAUGCAGGCCACUGGGUUUCUUGCUCGGAUUACCCUUUGCUCUCUUGGCUUUGGUUUUAUCUCUUGUUGGUGCAGUUAUUUGGGUUCUGGGGUCUAUAUUGAGUUGCUUGUGCCCGUGUUGUAUUUGCUGUGCUGGAUUGGCCAAUUUGGCAGUGAGUCUUGUAAAGCUUCCAGUUCGAGUUCUUAGAUGGUUCACAAGUCAAAUUCCCUGUUAG